AUGGGGAACGUCGGGUGCGCCAUCUCCUGGGCAGAGGACUCCCUGUUUGUGCUACACGAAAACAGGGUGUUCAGCAUCUCCCACACCGUGGACUGGACGUUCACUCCCGAAGGGGAAACACUCUUCCUCCAAAUGCUCACUACAGAGUCGCAUGUCCACCUCCUAGGCUUAGACACAGCGCACGCAAAAGCGCAGCCCGUGCAUGUCGUCCUCUCCCACUCCGGGGCCCUCCUGCAGAGGACCGUUCUCCCCGCGCUCGCGCCGCUGCAUAACGACCCUGACCCUGUGCUGCUCUAUCCGGGGGUGGUGGCGCAUCUUUCCCAGGGGGGACUCAUUUCCCUCCCCCUUCCCCCCUCCUCCAAACCCCACCCUCUCCCAGGCAAAUAUGCCCAGCUGAUCCCUCUCCCCCCUACCCCAGGGCUGGUAGUAGGAGUAAAGGAAGACGGUUCUGCGUGUGUCCUUGCUACCCAGGAGGGGGGGUUGACAGAGAUGUGGGAAUAUGCGGACUCGGCUCGCUCGGCAAUGUAUACUGAAAGCGUGUUUGCGGGCGCGGUGGAUAGGUUGGGGGGGAGACAUAUAGCCCGGGUGUACUGGACGCAUACGUUUGGCAGAGCUGAUUGGAUUGGAUUGGAUUGGAUUGGGUGGGAUGCAAAGUUGGCAAGCAUCCAUUUGUGGAGCGAGAUGGGCCCGGGGGGGAAGGGUGGGGGCAUGGUCUCGGGAUUUACGUUCCCGUUUGAUACAAAGUCGCAUGGGGUUAUAUGUACCAUAACACUAGAAGUCGCCUUCUCCCCCUCCCAACCCCAACCUCAGAAACCCAUCCCCCGUUUCCUCAUAACCACAUCCACAGGGUCGAUCCAGCUGUGGCAGGCUGACCAACUCCAGUGGACGAGGGAAGAGGGGCUGGCCGAGUUGGUGGGGGGGGUGGGGUGGGCUGAUAGAGGGCUAGCUGCGCCAGGGGGGCUGGGGCUGGGGCUGGGGCUGGGAGGGGGAGGGAGUGCGAUGGGCUUGGGAGAGAGAGGUGUGGGGGACGCACCGGAGGGGUUGGGGGAGAAGUGGGCUCGUCAGCUAGGCUCAAUCUGGAAACUCCCAGGAUACGGCAUCUCCUUCCUCCUCCGAUUCACCGAUUCCCUCUCCCUCUUCCCUCCCUCAGCCAGCUUCCAGCAAUCAGCACUCAACAAGCUCGCUCUCGUCGCUUCCUCUUCCGGGAAACUCUAUGCCCUCGAGACGGCCCCUUCGGCCCCUGGCGCCCCGGGCGGUGUCCUCUGGUCGCAGAUCCUUGGGGUGAGUGGAGCACCGGGCGGGAUGGGGAGGGUAGACGUCCAGCGCAUAUUGAGCGUCGCAGGGGUUGGGUGGGUCGUCCUCGGCCGGAGGUGGGACGAACACGGGUUCAAAACCGCUGCAUGGAGUAUCGACCCCCUUACAGGGACGAUCUACCCUCCUCCUGGAAGGGAAGGUACUACUCCUGGGCUUACGCUCUUCCCCGGUCCGAUGGCGGAGGCGUUUGUCCUCCCUCCAUCUCCCUCUCCCUCCCCCCAGAGCACGAGUCAUAACGAGACAGUAGUCAUCGUCUCCCAAUCCGGGGAAGUGUAUCUCUUCCCUACCGACGAAGCGCGCAAAGCUGCCCUAGCAAGCAGGAGCAGGGAAGGAGUCUUCUUCUCCCUUCCCCUUCACACGGGUGAUGUAUCCUCCUCCCAAGCAGCACUGCAGGGUUUCACGCUCCUCCCCUCUCCUGACGCUGACGGGUUCGCCUCUGUCCCGACAUACCGCACGUUCCUUACCCCUUCCCCUAAAUCUGAGCUUCUGGGACUUAUACGUCCUCCUCGUGGGCCGGUCGCCUCCCUCGGUCGGGUACUAGGGACGAAACAGACGCUAUACAAGUACCUCAACCCUCACCUGGUCGUCGCCCUGACCCAGUACCCCGUGGAGGGGGAGGGGGAGCAGGAAGGGGAGAUAGAGAUCAGGUGCGGCAUCCACCUUGUAGACCAAAUCAGCGGGUCGAUCAUCUACUCCGCCUCUGUCCGCAAACCCCGGGGUAGGGCGUGUGAUGUGAAACCGGUGUUGGCGGAUAAUUGGCUUGUGUGGGUCUUUUGGAAUGAUGGGGAUUCGGGGGUUUCCCUGGGGAAAGGGAAGGGGGAGGGGGAGGGGGAGGGGGGGAGGACUAAGGGCUGGAGAGUGGUUGUUGUGGAACUGUAUGAAGGGGAGCCGGAUGAGAUUACGCGGAGCGCCCAACUUUCUGGCUUUGCGAGCAACUCCUCCCGCGUGCAUGGGAUUUCCCAGACUUACGGAGUCCCUUCUGCCUGGAAGGCGGUCACGACCACUUUGACAAAGUAUGGCAUUACGCUCAAGGACGUCGUCGUCGCCAACGACCGCGGUCAGAUCCAGGCAUAUCCUCAUGCGCUCCUCGACCCCCGUCGGCCCUCAGGCAAGCUCACCUCAGAACAAAAAGAAGAGCUCCUAAUCCCGUUCGACUCUGUCAUAACCGACGAUCCGCGCCGGACUGUUUCCCAAAACCUGCACAUAAUGGGCAUCAGCAGCCUGUCCACUACACCCACGGCGCUGGAAUCCACCUCCCUCUUACUCGCUUCCGGCUUGGAUAUCUUCCUCGCCCGACUCUCACCGUCUAGCACGUUCGACAUCCUCGGUGAGAACUUUAACAAGACCCAGCUCAUCCUUACCGUGCUUGGCUUGCUCGUCGCGAUCGUUAUUGUCAAACCUAUCGUGGAAAGUAAAAAGGUCCGCCAGAGAUGGUAUACUACCAACUAG